GAAUAAUCUAGCUUUAAGAACUCUCAGUGAAAACCACUUACAUUCACCAACACCAUCUCAUAAUUAAAUAGAUUUAAAAAUGGAAUUUCCAAACCUUGGGGAAAGAUGUUCAAUAAAAGAUUGCAAACAAUUAGAUUUUUUACCAUUUGAAUGCAAUCAUUGCCAUGACUUAUUUUGCAAAGAACAUUUUCAUAUUGCUUCUCAUAAGUGUUUAGGUUUUAAAUAUAAAAUCUCAUAUACUAAAAAAAAAGCUCCAAAUUAUACAUGUUCAGAUGAAUCUUGUAAAGAAACUUCACCUAUUGAAAUGCAAUGCAUUAAAUGUAAAAAACAUUUUUGUCUACAACAUAGAUAUCAUGGAUGUUUAGAAUAUAGUAAUGAAGAAAAAACGACAAAAUUAAAAAAAUGGCAAAUACCUAAAAAACAGUUUGCUGAAGCAAAAGCUAUAGUGGAUCAGGAAAUUUCAGAUACUUUAAAGAAAUCCAAAAAUACUGCAAUGGCUAAUAAAGUAAGGCUUAUGCGUAUAAAGGGUUCUGCUGUUGGUCCUAAGAAUGUACCAAUGAAUGAACGUUGUUAUUUUCUUGUAUACCUCCCAGCUACAACAUCUAAUAAACAUAUAGGACCAUCAAAAGGUAUUUAUGUGAACAUGAAUUGGCCAGUUGGAAAAGCUAUAGAUGCAAUAGCUGAUAUAUUAAAAAUAUCCAAUAAUAAUAAUGUAGCAGGGGCAUGUAAACUACAACUAUUUCAUCAUACAACUGGUGCAUUAAUAUGUAAUGAAAUGGAUAUACCAUUGACAAAAUUAUUUGAAAAUUCUGAACUUAUUGAUGGACAAAGUGUUAUUUUAGAAUAUUCUGAUAGCUUAUUUGUAGAUAUUUCUUUCUAUAAAUAAACAAUUAUAAUAAGUGA